AUGAGACGAGAUUUAAAUACACCAUGCCUACCAACAGAUACUUUAUUUCAUCAGUUUAUUCGAGAGACGCAUCAUCACCUGUCUAUUAAUCAUCCCCAGCAGCGUCAUAAUAAUGACUAUCAGACGACUGGAAUGAAAUUAGUAGCCACAUAUCCAAAAUUAGAAUCAAAACAAACACGUACAUCUUGGAUCGCGCAUGAUUUUACUGGCAUUGUAAAAAAUUCAGAACAAACACUGGUGUAUGCAAUGAGGGAAGUGUUAGAAAAACUAACAACUCAUUCCAGUAAUCAACUUGGUCGAUCGGUACGGGGUAACUGGAAAGAAACGAAAUAA